CUACCUCGUGCAGAGUUUGAGAAAAUGUCUUCAGAAAGGACAGGAAGUGUAGUAGGGAGUGAGGUGGAGCCCUUGGACUACGGGGGCAUGGACACUGAGAGUAGUCCAUCUUCGUCUAGUUCGGAGAAAACGGUGGAGGGGGUGAGAGGAGAUGAGGUGGUGGAAGUUAGGGGAGGAGAGGUGGUAGAGGUGGGGAGGAAUGAGGGAGGAGGGGUUGAGAUAGUGGAGGAAGUGAAGCAGUACCGAUCUGAACUAAGGACCAGGGAGGACCUAUGUCACUUAGUAGAAACGUACGAGAUCUCUUCUCGGGUACUAGUUAGGCCAGCUGGAGUAGAGGAGAGGGCAUGUUCUGCUCCUCGGGAUCAUUGGAUGCCCGUAUACUCCCAUUAUUUGUAUGCUGGGCUUAAGUUUCCAAUUCCCGAGUUGCUAGUAGGUUUACUGUUAUAUUACAACAUAGGGUUGACACAGUUGGUCCCUAACGCAAUGAGGGGGGGAAGUAGGAGGGAUAAGGGGUGGUAUUAUUUCACCCCUAGGGUAGCUAAGAAAGAGAGUAGGAUUUUAUUUACUGCGGGUCCUUCAUCCAUUAAGGGAUGGAAGGAAAAAUUCUUUUUUGUUGAUGACACGGAGUGGGGUAAGGGGGAUGCCGAGGUGAGGGCGUUAGCCUCCUGGAAGGCCAAAAGGGCCAACCAGAAUAGGUUUAGUUUAAAUGAGGAUGAGGAGGAAGAAGUGAGGAAGUUGGUGAGGAAGAGGGGGGAGGAAUUGAAUAUCAUGGACCUCACCAGCGCAGCAUGCAUAGAGGCUGCUGAGCUCUAUGGGCCAAGCGCCCUGAGUGAAGCUGAAAUGGACCAGUUUUUGAACACUACUGGAGGAGCGCCCAUCCCCAAGAAGCCAAGGAAGAAGUCAAAGACUUCAACCAAGAAAGUGGAUGAGGGGAGGACCGGGAAAGAGGUAGUUCCCGCGGCUUCAGCUGAGACGGAAGAGGAGGUGCCAGCGCUAAAGAGGAAGGGUUGGGAGGAGAGGAGGGCACUGCAAAAGAAGCAAAAAGUGGUGGAGGAGGAAGAGGGGAAUGGGGUUCCUGAGUUCGUACCUCAGCCUCUUCCUGUUGAGCUGGACCCCGAGCUCAGACAGUUGGAGGAGGGGGCUGAGGUAUGGGCUCCUGGGAAGGGGAAGGGCCCUGUUUCCCUUGUGGUGUCUCAGAGCAGCCUGUUCGAGGCGAAGAACGUAAUGGGGGCUAGGUGGUUCAUCAACAGCACCUUCCCUGAAAGCGCGAGCUGGGUGAAUGGUCUAGCCCGGGAGUUUAGGGAUAGUGUCAAGGAGCGUGCACUCUUGCAGAGGCAGUGUGACCAGCUGCAUAAGGAGAAGGAGGAACUGGAGAAGAAAAACAAAGAUCUGCAAGAGUCGCUGGACGAGGUGGUUCCAACUAUGAAGCAGUUGGAACAGGAGAGGUCUUCCCUGAGCACCAAGCUCGGCUUCGAAGAGACCAAACGAAAGAUCUCUGAAAGCGAGCGUGAGGCUCAGGCGCAAGAACUGAAGCUGACGAAGGAGGCUUUCCUGGAGCUGAAGGGGAACGUGCAGACCUUGGUGCACAAUGGAAUGAAGGAGCACAUCAGCAACUUCAUCAGCUCCAGCUCGUUUGACAACAUCGUCAACCUAUACCGGCUGCUUACUGCCAUCAUCGCGUUCAUGGACUGCAAGAAGAAGGUGAAGGCAGAAUAUCCCGAAGUGGAUAUUACAAAGAUCACCUUCGGAGCGCAAGAAGAAGGAGUGGAGGAAGAUGGGGAGAGCAUGUCAGCAGACUUCCGUCCUCAGAUUAAACUGAGGUGGGAGGAUGAUGCACACGGACGUGUUGUUUUCCCUCUCCAGUUCGACUUUGAGUUCAUGGCAGUGGAGGAAGAAGAGGCAGAGGUAGAGGAAGACGAGGUGGAGGCAGGAGUGGAGGGAAUUGAAGUGGGUGAGAGCCAACCAGUUCCAGAAGUGGAGAUUCAUCCAGUUCCCUCUGACGAUGAGCAGCCUCCUCUACUAGAUGAGCAGCAGCCAAGACAGCCACCUCUUCCAUCUAAACAGGAGCCAAUGGUGCCACCUCAUCCAGCAGAGAACUAAUGUUAUUUUUCAAUUUUUUGUAAAGACAUUUAUAGCUUGUAAUUGUUAUUUUAAUUGAAAUGAAAAUUUAUGUUUGAAAUUAUGUGUUUGUUUAUAUUGGUUUUACAUUUUUGGUAUUAUUUUUUAUUAGUAAAAGAACUGAGAUUGU